AACUAUGCCAAUCGCUCAUAUUUCGCUCCGUACCACUCGUCAAACUCUAGAAUGUCACAGAACACGAACAUGUACGAUUUUACUCGCUAUUUUCUCUUGAUCACUGCGCUGGUGUUUGCCAAUGGAGAUGUUCAAAACCCAGAAGAAUACGACCUAAUAGUGAUUGGGGGAGGGUCGGGAGGCCUAGCUGCUGCCAGAGUAGCGUUUAAAGAGCACAACGCAAGGGUUCUGGUAGUGGACUAUGUAGCUCCGUCCCCUAUGAAGUCCUUUUGGAGGGAGGGUGGCACGUGUGUCAACGUCGGCUGCAUUCCAAAAAAGCUCAUGCACCAAGCAGCCCUCCUCGGUCAGGCGAUAAAGGAUGCAUCACACUAUGGGUGGGAAAUCAAUAAACCUGAAGAAGUAAAGCUUAACUGGAAGAAAAUGGUUCGUGCAGUCCAAGAUCACGUACAAGGUACCAGCGAUUUAACACGAAACCAGCUAACGGGAGAUAAGGAAACAAUCGUUACUCAAUACCUCAAUGGCCUGGGAGAGUUUGUGGAUGCAAAAACUGUAAAGGUGACCUUGGUGAAAAAGAAAAGUAAAACUGGCGAGCUGUCAACGAACACCAAAAUAGUCAAAGGGAAGUAUAUUCUGAUCGCUGUAGGAGGACGGCCGAAGUAUCCUGAAAUUCCAGGAGCUCUCCAGUACGCUAUUACUAGUGACGACCUGUUCUCCCUCAGCAACCCACCCGGAAAAACCCUCAUUAUAGGAGGCGGCUAUAUUGCUAUGGAGUCUGCAGGUUUUCUGAAUGGAAUGGGUUUCGACGUAACCGUGAUAGUACGAAAUAAGGUGUUGAAGGAUAUGGAUAAAAUAAUGGUAGCAAAGAUGGUACGGGACCUACGAUCUAGGAACGUCAAAAUUCUACUAAACACUAAAGCCACUUCGAUUGUCGAAAAGAAAGGAUGGUCUUGGUUCUUAGGAAAAAGACUGAAACGCUGCGUGACAUGGAAAACUAGAAGCAUGGAGGAGGAAGUAGACUGCUUCGACACUGUUAUGGUGGCUUCAGGGCGGACACCGCAGACUGCGCAACUCAAGCUGGAAAAUGCGGGAGUUGACAAAACUGAAGACGGACACAUAGAUGUUAAGGAAGGGGAUAAAACAAAUGUAGAAGACAUAUAUGCCAUAGGGGAUGUGUUGUAUAACAAGCCCGAGUUGACGCCAGUGGCUAUAAAAGCUGGUCAGCUGCUGGUGAGGAGGCUGUUCGGUAACAGUAAAGUGCAAAUGGUGUAUGAGAACGUACCGACCACAGUGUUCACCCCACUCGAGUACAGCUUCGUGGGAAAGACUGAGAAUAGUGCAAAAAAUGCCUACAGUGGUACAGCAUACACGAUUGAGAUAUAUCAUUCUAUAUUCACUCCUUUGGAGUUUACAGUUGCACAUAGAGGUCAAAAUAGUUGUUAUUUGAAGGUUAUAGUAAAGACACCCAAAAAGCAAAGUGGGAAAGAAAAGCAAGUAAAAGAAGAUCAGCAAGGAAAGGUAGAACAGCAAGAACAGCAAGGAAAGGAAGUACAGCAAGAAUUACACAGAGAGCAGGAAAUUGAAGGCGAGAUCUUGGGAAUGCAUAUACUGGGUCCAUCGGCUGGGGAAGUGAUGCAAGGAUUCGCCGCUGCGUUAAGGGCUGGAUUAACCUUCAAGCAGCUGCAAGAAACAGUUGGCAUUCAUCCGACGGUAGCGGAGGAAUUUACUAGGGUCUUCAUCACGAAAUCAUCAAAGAUAUCACCAAUCCCACCUAGUUGCUGCAGUUGAAACCAUGGGGCACUCAUACAUGCUACUUAACUAUGCAUUAAAUCAGAGAAUAAAGCAAUAACAAUCAGCCUGAAA